GACCCUCAGCCACCCACCAAUCAGAAGCCAGCGCGCUCGCCGCCAUGUUUCUCUACCAGUCUUAAGAAGUUGCUGUGCACUUGGGAUUAUUUUGGAAUUUAUGGGAUUUUAGUGGGCUGUGCUGAUACCAUACCUCAAGAUGGCCUCCGAUGGGCCUGGAAAGUACAGAGAGCGGAAAAGUAGAUCGUCCAAACCCUAUGAUCGGCCCAAGGGUAUCAUCCGGCGAGUGACAGAUUCAGUCACUGGCUUAUUUUCAGCGUCUUGGCUAUCUGGGUGGAUGGGUGGUGAAGAUGAUGAGGAGGGUAGUGACCAACCAACUGGAUCUUCACAGACAUCAACUGUGGCACCUGCUGGAGAAUCCUUUAUUUUUGCCCAGCCAAUCACGGCACGUCGGCCAUUUAGACCUAUAUAUCCCGAGGAAGGUGAUUGACUGUCCAGGAGAAUUUAACUAGUCUUCUACCCUCAAGUUCAGCAAGUACUCCUGGUUCUCAUGCCUUUAAGAAAAGAAAUAAUUCACAGGAGACUUCACAGCCUGUUUCAGAUGUUACAGGAUCAGAAAAGGAAGAAAUGAACUCUGAAAAUAUUUCCUCUGAAAAUUGUUCAUCUCUCUCUUCCAAAGCUGCAAUAGAUACUACAGCAAAAUUAAAGCCCAUAGUAACUUCGGUAUCUUCAACUGAUGAUUCUUCAAAUAUAUUUGAAUUUGGAAGAUCUAGCAACAGUAGUACCUCUCAAAAUACAUUUGAGUUUAAUCCUAGAUCUGCCAUAUCUAGAUCUUCAUUUACAAGUGACUUGCCACAGGCAGCCAAGAAGAGUGGUGGCAAAAUAAAGUCAAAAAUUGCAGAUAAUAGAAGAAGUUCCUAUAAACAUGAUGAAACUUUGGAAGACCCUCAUCUCCCAGCUGUCUCCCUCACAAUGCCGUCUCUUCCCAAGAUCAAUCUGUCAAUACUGUCACCUGUGCAGGGUUCACCAGCAAAGCUAAGCACUUUACCAGAAGGUUUCAAGUUCUCCACACCAGAAAUAGUGGAUAUACAAUCAGAUAGUGAAACUCUUACAAGUGCCCCCAAGUUUACAUUUAGAAAUCCUGCACUAAUUGGGGAGGGUAAUUUGUCCAGUGAUGAUCUUGGUACCACAGCUGCACCAACUAUAUUGAUGUUUAAUAGCAGUAGCCCAAGUUUGGGACCAAAACUAAAGGCAAACAAUAAAAAAACUGUAUUACCCUUAUCAGAAAAACUUAAAGAGGGAAGCAUAUUAGAAAUUCUUAAACCUAAGGGCAAUAAUCCAGAUAAACUAUCCUCCUUAUCUUCACCGUCUAAUAAUCUUGAAGGAAAGGAAGUAGAAACGCCUCAUUCGCAAGCUGAAAAUAGAUGUGGUGUGAAGUAUAUAUCUAAACUGCAAUUUGAUAGUGAGGAUUUGGGAACUAAAAUUCCACAAGCAUUUCAGGGUUUUGGUUCUGCCUUCAAGAAAUCGAGUGAUGAAUGGGAUUGUAGUGUGUGUAUGAUUAGAAAUAAAAAUUCAAAUGUGAAGUGUGUAGCUUGUAAAAACCAAAGACCUGGACAGUGUGUGUUUAUUGGCACUGCAGAGGUUACGACUAGUGCAGCUAAUGUAUGGGAGAAAUCUUUGCCUUUAUCAGAGUGUGAAAAAGGGUGGGGGGAUGCUUUUAAAAAGUCAGCCAAUGAGUGGGAGUGUGGUAUAUGUAUGUUACGUAAUGCAGACUCGACUGAAAAGUGUGUUGCAUGUGAAGCCCCUAAGCCUGGAAGUAAAGGUGUGUGCGAUAUUUCUUGUAAAGCGUAUAAAACUGUAGAUAAUAAGGAAGAAAAAAUAAAUUCAGGGUUUGGUUCUGCAUUUGCAAAAGGCAAAGAUGAAUGGGAGUGUGAUACGUGCUUAGUUAGAAACAAAAGUGAUGCUAUUCAGUGCAUAUCGUGUGAAACUCCUAAGCCUGGUGCUGCUAAUGUGUGUAAAGCCAUAACAGGAAACUUCAGAUUUGAUGUAAAUACAAAUGACUUAUCUUCCACGAGUUCUAGUUUUAAGUUCAGUUUAAGUAACUCUCAGACUCAAGUUAAGUCAAGUGGAUUUAAUUUUGGAGUUAGUGCCAAAAGUGCAGAAGACAGUGACAGUAAAGAGAAUUCAGGGUUUAAGUUUGGAGUGCCUGCAGAGAAGCCUAAUGCCUUGACUGGAUUAUCUUCUAACUCUACUUCUGAAAUUAUACAUACUAAAGAAAAAAGUCAGUGUGCUAGUGGUUUUACUUUUGGUGUUCAGCCAUUGAAUUCUAAAGACAGUGAAGUUACAAAUAAGGAACCAAGUUUGUUCCCCUUAAGUAAAUCUAGUGAAAGUAGUUCAGAACCUGCAACUGUUACUAAUCCUGUAUAUCACUUUGAUACUGGAAAUAAGACACAGGUUGCCUUUAGUUUUGGAUCAGGUACAAUAAAUACUACUGCAAAAAAUGAUCAAGAUAAACCUGUUUCUAAUGACGUAAAUCUCUUAAUAGAUCAAAAUUCAGGAAACCACCAUGAUCCACUUGUUCAGGAAAAUGUCUCAAAAUCAAGUGAUACAUUUUCAUUUAAAUCUAAUUCCAGUUGUGCUGAUGCAGGUGUUGACAAGCCAACAUUCACUUUUAAUAAUGUCAUAUCAGCACCUGAAAAAGAUAAUUUGACUAAUCUUGCAAAAAAUGCUACCCCACUUUCAUUUGGAGCUCCUAAAACUGUAGAUCUAGCCUCUGAUGCUUGUGCUCCAAACUUUGGUGCUAAUGUGGGGGGGAGUGCUGCUACUUCUGGAAUGGUGUUUGCCUUUGGAGAUAAAGUGACAAAGACUGCUGCACCAUCAUCCUUCUCUUUCACUUCAACGGUGAGCAACAAAGAGGAGGCCAAGUCAUUGCCCACAUUUACUUUCAAAUCUAAAAGGGAAUCAUCAGAUACAAGUGAACCUGCCAAGAAAAUUUCUUUUGGUGCAGCUAACACAUGUGGCAUUAACAAUGGUGUUGGUUCAUCUCCGUCACUGUUUACUUUUGGAAGUAAGGAAAGUAAGAUAAAUGCAGGUUCAGGCUUUGGGGCAGUUCCAUCAUCUACUCCAGCAUUUGGAGCUCCAGCUCCAGCCUCCAAUGCAACCCCUAAUUUCCAGUUUGGCAAUAGUAACCCUCCUCCUCCAGCAGAAACAGCACCAGCACCAGCAUUUGGAAAUCCUGCCUCAGCAUUUGGAAGUGCAACACCAUCAUUUGGUACCACAACCAGCACCACCAAUAACAACAACAAUAGUUCAUCUGCAACAUUUGCCUUUGGGCAGUCAGCAGAUAAGAAACCAAGUGCAGGAUUUGAUUUUGGCCAGGCUGCAAGCAAUGCAGGAUCACAAAACUUUAAUUUCUCAAGUGGAGGAACCCAACCCACACCAAACAUUUACCUGUUUGGUCAGAGUCAACCCAAUAACACUCCAAGUGGAUUAUUCACGUUUGGUACUAACUCAGAAGUCUCUUCUCCAGCAUCCACAUUUGGAAAUUCUGAAAACCCCUUUAACACCCCAGCUCCUCCUAGUGGACGUGUUGUGAAGAAAGCAGUCAGACGUGCACGAAAGCAGUAAUGCCACAACUUGUUAUUUUUACCAAAUCGUGUCUUUAGAUUUUUUUAUCUUUUUACCAUAAAUUAUACUUUUAUAUAACUCACAACAGCUUCAGCUUAGAUACAAUUAUUUAAAAGAUUAUGCACAUUAGUACAGUUAUAAAAAAUUAAUUUGCCAUUUUUCUAGAAAAUUGGUUAAAAUCAAUGCCUAAUAGUACAGCAUCUAGCAUUAUAAUUUUGUUUAAUGUUGCAUUUGGUAAUAAAUGAAACUAUGAUAGGGAAAUGCCUAUUGUAAUACUGUUUAAAGGUCCUUUUAUUAGUUUUAUGGAUUGUAAAGUGUUGCUGCAUAUUUAUUGUAUACACACAGGUUCCUCAUAAACUAGGAGAGAGAAGAUUUAUUGGGAGUACAAGCAUUUUCUUUUUACCAGUAAACCAAGAGCUAAGAAAUGUCUGAAAUAUUUAAGUAUGGGAAAUUUAAGUUUUGUAAAAAAAAAAAAAUAUAUAUAUAUAUAUAAUAUAUAUAAAUCUGUAAACAUGUUAAAUAAAAAAAUCUCAUAUGCGUGGGCAACUUCUUUGAUCUCUUGUUUGGACAAGUGGUUUAUCUUGUACAUAAUUAGGAGUCCACACCAGCGUGUCUGGAACUAUCACAAUUUCAUUUUCAUUGUACUGGGUUUUAAUAAUGAAGGAUCUCUUUGUAUGGUGACACUGCAAGGAAAAACUAUUUUGCUUAUGAAUAUGAAAUUGUGGAAUUUUGCACUGGACAUCCUCAAAUAUUUUGUAAAACUUGUGAAUUUGGAUUCUAGCAUUUGCCUCACCUGUGUAAUGUAUAAUUGUGAUUUCGUCCAUUGUGCCAAAUGGAUGAUUUUUAUUUUUAUGCACAAAUCCUUGGAGUUGAGAUAGGUCUUAUUUAUGUAUGCAACCAAUAUUGUUAUUUCACAUAUGGGAAUAACAUUUCCAUUAGCAUUACACAGGGAGAAAUUUGUUUUUAACGGUUUCAUCUUCACAAGACACUUGGUUUAGCUUUGGUUUUUCAAAGGUUAUAUGAAAAAACUUCAGUGCUAUGAACAUUCUUUGUACAUAAGGGAAGCUUACCCAGCCUUUCCAGUAAUGCUGUUUCACUGUUCCUUGUUAGAACAUUGUUAAAUAUUUUAUAUGUUGUGUCCAUAUGGGCACAUUCUCAUUAGGAAUGUUCAUAGUUCUCUUGUCGCACAGAUUUAUUCUGAUGCCUUGCUAUGAAAUGGCUGUACAUUUUUUUAAAUAAAUAGUGCAGAUGAAUCUAGCAUUUUAUGUUGGGUGUUUGCUGCAGAUGAUUGCUAUUAAGGUUAUUCUCUUUAGUUUGACAUAAUGGGUAUUUUUCUUAUAGCCCCUUUUUUCUUCUGGGACUGCUCCUUAAUAUCAAUCAUCAUGAGUAUCUACCCUGUGUAGUGUUGCUCAUGCCAGACGCAAGGCCUCUACGAGAUGCGGCAAAUGUGCGCUUCAGUAAAUAUAUAAGUGAUGUAAAUAGUAUACCCAGGCAGGCUCACUCCUUAUAAUUGUACAUGAACACUUCAUUAGCGUGGUAUAUAUGACGGACAUGCUGUGUUACUGGGAGGCUGCUGCCGUGACUACGUUUAUGUGGUUGGUUGUGAGAUGCCAAGCGUACUGCCCCUUGUAUUGUCCUGUCUGUUGGAUCCCUGAGAGGUUUAUUAUUGUAAUUAGCUCUAUCAAUAUUAUUAUUUUAUAUUAAUGUGAGUUUCACAUGUACAAAGCCGUGAAGUGUGCGUGUGUGAAGGAGUUAGACUGCUCAGUGUAUGUGUCUUCGGUUUUGCAUUACUCAGUGUGAGUGAAAUGUUCAAUAAAGGAGCAUUCAGUACUACAACAAA